CUGUGGCCUGAACACAAGUUGAAUUUUAAUUUGUAGUAAUUGUCAGUCACAGGUUAUUGGAGAUGCCACGGGUUUAUAUCGGAAAGCUCAGCUAUCAUGUCCGAGAGAAGGACAUGCAAAGAUUUUUCAGCGGUUAUGGAAAAUUAUUAGAGAUCGACCUGAAAAAUGGGUAUGGCUUUGUGGAGUUUGAGGACAUACGAGAUGCUGACGAUGCUGUGUAUGAACUGAAUGGGAAGGAGCUGUGUGGGGAGCGAGUCGUCAUUGAACAUGCCCGUGGACCGAGGAGAGAUGGAUUUGGCUCUGGGGGACGCAAUGGUGGCAACAGCAGCUGGAAUCGCUCGGGCAGGGACAAGUAUGGGCCUCCUGUUCGCACUGAAUACCGCCUCAUUGUGGAGAACCUGUCCAGCAGGUGCAGCUGGCAGGACCUCAAGGAUUUCAUGCGGCAAGCAGGUGAAGUAACUUAUGCUGAUGCUCAUAAAGGCCGCGCCAAUGAGGGCGUCAUUGAAUUUAGAUCCCGUUCAGACAUGAAGCGAGCUUUAGAGAAGCUCGAUGGCACUGAUAUCAAUGGGAGGAAGAUCCGUCUGGUGGUAGACAAACCUCGGCGCAGGCGUUCUCAUUCUGGCAGUAGAUCCAGGUCUCACAGCAGACGGCGCUCUCACAGCCGAAGCCGAAGAAGCAGGAGUUCUCACAGCCGUUCCAGGUCGCGCUCAUGUUCUCAGUCUCGCAGCAAGCGCAGGUCUCACUCCAGGUCGGGGCGGAAGUCUCACUCGAGAUCAAAGAGGAAGUCCAGCCACUCCAAAUCUCCAGAGAAGUCCCGCUUCCGCACCCACAAAUCACAUAGUCCCACCAAGAGCAAAAAGUCCCACUCUCACUCAAACAAUUGCAAGUCUCGUUCCAAGAGCAGAUCCAAAGCUGAGCACAAAUCCUGGAGUCGUUCUAAAGAUAAAUCCUCCGGUAAGAAGUCUCGAAGCCGCUCGCGUUCCCGAUCGGAGAGCAGAAACAAAAAACACUCCUCAAGGUCUCCCGAUGCCACAGAGCGUCAGUGCUCCGAGUCUCCUUCCAGGUCCCGCUCUAGAUCUCGUUCCAGGUCUCACUCUUGAUCCUGGGUCAGCUUCUCAAGACUGGCCACAUCUGUAACAAUGUACGGGUACACAUCUCAGUCCUGUGUUUGAUGUGCAACAUGAUUUGUACCUUUUGGAACCUUUUUGGAAAAUUUUCCUGAGUUUUAAUUUUUCUGUAAAGCGAUUAUUAGAGGUUGUUAACUCUUUGGUUAUUUUACUUUACUAUAUUUUGAUGACUUCUGAUUAACAUUAUGUCCUAAGUUGUAAUAGAGAGAUGUUGAAGGUUGUGGUAAUUGUUUUUAUAUGUUAACCUGCUCUUCCUCCUGUGGAAGUCAGGUUUUGAGGCAAACUGCAGCAUUUAGUUCUGAUGUCAGAUUGGACUUAAAAAACACAAUUUGAAUAAGGUCUGUCUUUGUUUUCCCAUAAACAUGAAUUGUAUUGAUGUGUAAAUGAAGCACAAAGACGCUUUUCUUUUAUGUCUCCCUCCAGACAAUUCAUUUGUUUUCCCUAUAUCCCCUUCUGGUGCCCUCAGUCACCUACCAAGUUUAAGGGCCUGUUAAGUGAUCCGUUGGAUGGUUAUGUGGAUAAAAGUUGGAUGGACAGACAGACAUUCCUAUUGAAUGAUGGAUCAUGCUCCUUUCAUCAUGUCACAUUUUACAUUAAAGGUGUUUCUUUGA